ACAGAUUAAUUCAACAUUUUGUCACAAAAGGUAUGGUUUGAUGCAUAGAUAAAUUGGGGAAUCAAUCCCUCUAACUUAAUGGAGCCUUCCAGUAUUCACAAGAUGGCGUCGAGCGGUGAAAAUAAAACUCGUGCAGCCGACCUGACGUCGUUACUGGAACACCCUAAGUACAAGGAAAUGGUGGCUUAUGGUUAUAACAAUCAGGAACAAGGUCACGUCGCCAUGCUGGUAUAUCUGUACCUCUCAGAAGCCAAACAGUGGGCAGAACUGGACCUACAGCCCUGUCCAGAACUUCAGAUGGUCACCCUGUAUGGUCGCCCAACACAGGCUGAUGACCUACAGGUGUUGGUGCCUCUUGGAAAACAAGCUGAUCUCAGUCCACAAAGGUUACGAGACUUCCUGACCCAUGUCUCACUUCCACAAGAUGAACUAGAACUGGAGGAACCUGACUUAAUGACAAGGAGAGUUACUUUAGCCAUCUGUGACACAGACUCAACCAUCACAUUCUACAGAAUCACAGACGGAUUCGUUCCUCCUGACCCUCCAGAAGUUGUUGCAGAGAAAAAAGCAAAGAAGAGACAAUGGAAGAAAAGAAAGGGACAAAGAACUCAACAUCAACAAUGAAGACCAACUUGAUGUAUUUCAAUGAAGUUUUGAAUGCUGAUCAUAGUGGAGUGGAGUGUGUAUAUAUAUACAUGCUGCAGUAUCUACAAUAUUACAUACAUGUACAUGCCGCAGUAUCUACAAUAUUGUUACAUAGAUGCAUCUUCAUUUUUGACAAGCCUUGACUAGAAGAAACACGUUGAAAAAACAAUAUAACUACAACUUAGACAAACAAGAGAACUUCCAUUGUAAAAUUAUGUAUCCUUAUACUUCCUAGGCAGAUAAUGACUCUUUGUUUACUUUGGUGCCACUGCUACAUUGUAUUAUGAAAUAAAUUAUUCUAUGAAGAUAGUUCUUCUUUACAUCCCCUGAGAAAACUUUCCAUUUAUCAGUGACAUAAAAUUGAGUAUCUUCGACUAUUUCAUUAAUUUCUGUGAUCAAUUAAUUUGCCAAAAUUGCUUGUUUUUGAUGAGAUGUUUGAACCAAGCUAGGAGUGGUCUGACAUGGUUGAAAGAGAGUGUUUGCCACCAUG